UUUUACGGUCGCUGUUCUUGCAGUCAUUUCGCGCCAAUUUUUCUAGAAUUUUUUAUAAAAUAACAAUUCAAUUUGUGUAUAAAAAUAUUUGUGUGUUUUUCUUUCAUUCUAAUUAUGUAAUGAUGGCCCCAUUCUAUGUAUUAACCAUUAAUGUCAAUUUGAAGAAAAUAGGAGACUAAUAAUUACAUGUUGAAUGCAUUACACUGAUAUUUACGAAAGAUAAUUGAACACCAAACUAUCAUUGAAUGGAAUAAAACGUUGUUACUAAUUUGUGUAAUGGUCUUUACCGAGUUUACUCUUGUUUACAAUUUCUAAAAAACACAUAUUUACUUAAAUAUCUUCAAAUUUAUUAUAUCUCAAUAUGUAAAGAAAGGAUUUCAUUGGCACACAGGAAUAAAAAUAAAGAUGGUAUUUAACGUAAGCAGCAAAAUGGCAACUCGUGCAUCUAUGCCAAAUGUAUUGAUAGAUCAUGGAAUUAUAAAUUCCACCCCAGUGUCUUCGUCUCCAUUGCGGCGAAAAUCUGUGAUUCCACAAAAGUUAAACAAUUUUACCCUAUUAGAAAAUGACGAUGAAGCGGAACGUUUGGCUCGUCGUCGUAAAAUUUCUGACACGUCUUCAAUAACUUCUAAAGGUUCAAAUGAUAAAAGACAUUCCUUAGGAUUUGGUUUACUGGUGCAUAUGCCAGCUUCCCAAAUGGCAGAACAUAUAUCACAGUGUAUAAAACUUGGUACAGAGAAUAAAAUUAAUGUCAAAAAUGCAUUUAGUUUAGAAAUGAUUGAUUUUAUGACAUAUAUGAUUAAAAAGAAGGAUGCCAAUAUGUCUAAUUUACAAGUAGCUAGUACAUCUUUAGAUGUAAGCACAAAGAUUUAUGGAUUUCGCGUUGACGGCGUACAUACGGAUAUACUCAAAAUGAUUAGUGGAAUGGAAAAGCAACACAAAGACAAUGAAAACCAAAAUAAUUUAGAAGAAAUGGAUUGUCAGGAUGUAACGGAAAAUAUACAAGAUGGAAUAAACCAGAUGAUACAGAAAAAGAAGAAAAAAAAUAAGCAAAAAAUAUUUACCACUGUAGAAGCUCUAAAAAUUAAUGUCGAUACUGAGAAACCUUCUUUAAUAACUAUGGAAGCAGAUUUACAAACUACGGAUAUGUUAUAUCAGGCAAUGUUGCCAAACCAUGCAAAUUCAAAGUUUUAUCCGCAUCGUUAUAAUGACAUUUUGGUAGAUACAGUGAAAAAUAAAGUCAGGCAAGAUGAAGCUACAGCAUUUAAGAUUCCAGAAAUAACAGAUUUUUCAAACAUGGAGAUUUGUCCCCCUUUAUUUUAUUUUGAUUUCCAUAGUUGGACAAUAAAUGAAUCAAACAAUGAUGAAAGUCCAAGACAAAAUAAUGAGAGCAGAUUUCAAUUUGAUCUUGAUGCAAGUUUGGUACAUGAAGAUGAACAUGUAUCUACUGGCAUGAAUUAUUUUGAUAUUGAGAUGACAGAAGAAGAAAAUUUAGAUAGAUGUGCUAUAGUACCUAAUCAGGUAGAAAACAUUGUAGAUGUUUGUAAAGUUCUAACCAACACAGUAUCAACAAAGGUUUCAGAAUAUUCUUUUAUUCAAAAAAUGAAUAUACACUGGGCUGGUCCAUCUCAUUGGAAAGCGACCAAUUUAAAAAAUAGUUUAUACAAUAAUAAAUUAAGGAGUCAGCUGUGUCGUCAGUCAAAAGAAAAAGAGAGAAAUAAAUUACAGCUAAGUUAUGACGAUGAAACGAUUAAGAAUGUGAAUGCUAAAUUUUUACCCAGUCAAUCGAUUAAUAUGCAUACUAGAACUGCUAAAAUGGAAUGGAACGAAGAAAUAUUAACGUUACCCCCAGAUGUGCAUUAUGAUAUCAUACAAGCUUACAAGUUAUAUCAUCAUACACUAAAACUUAAUUUAACAAAUUUAACAAAUACGAAUGUUACUUCUUCGCGUGACGAUGCAGAAAAUUGUAAUUUUACAAAUGAAAAUGAAGUAUCAAGCCAUUCUCUUGAUGUUCAUAGCGAAGGAUGCCAACAAAGUGAAGGAAAUGAUACAAAUGAUAAUAAUACGCAAUAUGAAGAUCAGAGUAACUUAGGAAUGCCUUUCACUGGGAAGAAUCUAGUUGCUGUACCAAAACUUACAAAUAAACUGUCUAUUGCAUAUUGUAUACGUCCCAAAAAAAUUGACAUGAAGCAGUUGAAAUAUUCCAUUUGGAAAUGUUUAAAAUGUACGAUGCUGGAGGAUAUGCAAGAAGAUGAAAGAAAAAGAAGGAAGAUAGAGGGAAACGCACAACGAGAUAAAGAUAAAAUGAACGAUAAGAAAUAUUUCAGUCACGUUUAUAAAGCAUUGCCAAAUCUUUUAACUAAGACAAACAUCGAAGCUUUGAGCUUCCCAAUUUCUUUUGUAUCUCUGUUGCAUUUGGCAAACGAAAAAACGUUAAAAAUAAAUUCUUCUUGCGACAUAGCAGAUAUUAUCAUAGAACAAGACUAAAUGUAUUUGUAUUUAACAAAACGAUAAUUAUAUAUUAGAAUUAACAGUUAAUUAGGAAAUUAUUUUUGAUAAAACA